AUGGGCCCCGGAGCCUCCAUGUCUUCCGUCACGUCAUGGCCCUUUCCCGCCCCCACUCCCACCCCGCCCUGGCGGCCACUCUGGGGGCAGCACGCGCCGCCCCUCCUGACCCCGCCAUUCCCUCCCGGUGGCCCCCUGGUGCUGCCAGCCCUCCUCCCCAACUCACCGUUGGCCGCAGGAGAGCCUGGCCCUGGCCCCAGUGGGACCGGGACCCGCAAUGUCAUUGUCCAGGUCAGGUCAGAACGGGGGUCCUCAGAGACACCCCAGACUCAGACCAUCGUCUUUACUCAGGCCCCCCUCAGCUGGAGUGCUCCAGGGGCCCUCUGUGGGGGUGCCUCAUGUCCCGCACCCCUCUUCGUGGCAGCCUCUGUGCUGGAGACCAGCAUGCCUGCCUCGGCCUUUGGGGGCCCCCAGGCUGGCAAGGGAGGCUUGGCCCCAGGCCUUCCAGCCCCAGCCCCGCCCCUGGCUGCCCAGCCGACCCCCAUCGUGCCCCCAGUGAGCGCCGGGCCACAGCCUCACGGAGCUUCCAGGGAGGGCAGCCUGGCCAGGAGCCCGACCACGGCCUCGCCCGAGGACUCCUGUAACCCCAGGAGUGUUUACGAGAACUUCAGGCGCUGGCAGCGCUUCAAGUCGCUGGCCCGGAGGCACCUCCCGCAGAGCCCCGACGCAGAAGCUCUCUCCUGCUUCCUCAUCCCGGUGCUGCGGUCCCUGGCCCGCCUGAAGCCCACUAUGACGCUGGAGGAGGGGGUGUGGCGGGCCGUGCAGGAAUGGCAGCGCAGAAGCAACUUCGACCGCGUCAUCUACUACGAGAUGGCAGGAAAGUUCAUGGAGUUUGAGCUGGAGGAGGAGAUGCAGAUUCAGAAGUUGCAGUGGCUGAAGGUGGCCCAGGGCCUGCCUCCUCCGGCUCCGCCGAAGCCUGAGCCGCGGGGGCCCCCAGCCCCAGAAGCGGGCCCACAGCCAGCGUGCAUUCGCAGGAAGGCGGGUUCCAGGGCCCAGCCCUCCCGCCUGCAGCCACACAGACCCCCACGGGCCCUGGAGAACAAGGCGCCCAAGGAGAUCCCCCCUGAGGCCGUGAGAGAGUACGUGGACAUCAUGGAGGGGCUGCUGGGGCCUGGCCACUCAGCCCCGGGGGGGCCAGCAGGUGAAUGGGGAGAGGACGGAAAGGAGCCACAGCAGGAUGAGGCCACGACCUACCCGGACCCGGGUCUCCUGAGCUACAUUGACAAGCUGUGUUCCCAGGAAGACUUCAUCACCAAGGUGGAGGCAGUCAUCCACCCCCGAUUCCUGGCAGAAUUGCUUUCCUCAGAACCACAGCUGGACCUCCUGGCCCUAGCUGAGAAAUUGGAGCAGGAGGAAGGACUCACCCUUGCAGAGCUGGUGAAGAAAAGACUGGUGGCCUUGAAGGCAGAGGAGGGUGUGCAGGCAGCCCCCCGUCACUGCGCAGCCCGGUCGGGCCCUGGUCCUGAGUGUCAGAUUACCAGUUAG